AUGCAGGCCUUAUUAUACACUGUAGCUGGAACGUCACCCACGUCGUUCCUUCCUUCCCCACCACCACCAUCCACCAUCCCUCACCACCGCCACAAACCACGGGCGCCUGCGACAUCGACAACGACGACACGCGACGACGCUGAUGACGCACGAGGACACACGACGUCGCCACCGACCACCCACGACCAAUUGACGAGCGCCCAGGAGGUGAAGACGACGUGGCAGGUGUGCCACGUCGUCCAGACGGUGACGACGCAUGCCGUCGUCACUGUCCAAGCUGAUCAGACAAGUGCCCACGACACGACAACGACCAAAUCCGCCCACCCACGAAUGACGCCCACUGCCCCACACGGCCCCACCACCCACGAACGCCCACCCACGACAACGAAUGCCCACGAGCGCCCACGACACAACAACGAAUGCCCACGAAUGCCCAUGCACGACAACGAACGCCCACGAGCGCAACGCGCAAACGACAACGCGAAGACGAACGAAACGGCAGCCCAGCCCCACGGACGCCAAUACAGCACACCACGCACAACCGACGACCCAGAGCGCCCACGGACGAAGACACGCGCCCAUGCACAGAGGAUUCCGCUCACGUCAACGGAAAUGGGCAACGACGAGCCCAGGUGA